AUGAAAGACGAAGAUUUGGAAGCUCUACUUGCCAAAGAUGAAAGUCAAUCGUCUGUAGUACUGGCGAAAAAGCUUGCUGUAAAUCACACGACUGUACUUCGACGCCUGCAUGCAUUGGGAAAGAUACACAGGAAAGGGAAGUGGAUCUCACGUCCACGACGUGAACGUGCUAUUGACAAACAGCGAAAUAACCAGCCAGACAACCAGUCAGACAAUCAGCCAGACAACCAGUCAGACAAUCAGCCAAACAACCAGUCAGACAAUCAGCCAAACAAUCAGCCAGACAACCAACCAAACAAUCAGCCAGACAACCAACCAAACAAUCAGCCAGACAACCAACCAAACAAUCAGCCAGACAACCAACCAAACAAUCAGCCAGACAACCAGCCAAACAAUCAGCCAGACAACCAACCAAACAAUCAGCCAGACAACCAACCAAACAAUCAGCCAGACAACCAACCAAACAAUCAGCCAGACAACCAACCAAACAAUCAGCCAGACAACCAACCAAACAAUCAGCCAGACAACCAACCAAACAAUCAGCCAGACAACCAACCAAACAAUCAGCCAGACAACCAACCAAACAAUCAGCCAGACAACCAACCAAACAAUCAGCCAGACAACCAACCAAACAAUCAGCCAGACAACCAACCAAACAAUCAGCCAGACAACCAACCAAACAAUCAGCCAGACAACCAACCAAACAAUCAGCCAGACAACCAACCAAACAAUCAGCCAGACAACCAACCAAACAAUCAGCCAGACAACCAACCAAACAAUCAGCCAGACAACCAACCAAACAAUCAGCCAGACAACCAACCAAACAAUCAGCCAGACAACCAACCAAACAAUCAGCCAGACAACCAACCAAACAAUCAGCCAGACAACCAACCAAACAAUCAGCCAGACAACCAACCAAACAAUCAGCCAGACAACCAACCAAACAAUCAGCCAGACAACCAACCAAACAAUCAGCCAGACAACCAACCAAACAAUCAGCCAGACAGCCAGCCAAACAAUCAGUCAGACAACCAGCUAAACAAUCAGCUAAACAACCAGCUAAACCAGCCAGACAAUCACUCAGAGAACCACAUAUACAUUAAAGAAGAAUUUUCUAUGGAAGAUAGUGAUUAA